CGCCGCCCGCGUAAAGAUAAGCGGAUGUCGCAGGUCUCUCUUGCAAUGCUCGGAUGCCCUGACGUCGUUUAAGGCGUCGGCGGGCAAAAACGAACUCUUUCACAUCCUGUUUGUGUUACCUUUGCGUCCAAGUAAUGUCUCCGAUCUGAGUUGACGACGAGUAUAGCUCACCAGCUGUUUGGUGGCUGCGCUUGCAAUGGAAACUGGAUUACUCCGACUUGCCGUUGUGCUUUGCAUCUUUGAAAACACAUGUGCGGCGCAGUGUGGCCACCGGAACCUGCUGUACGACACCGAACGGAUCGUUGGGGGCAGCGACGCCGGUCCCUUGGAGUUUCCUUGGCAAGUGUCCGUGCAGGUGUUCAGCAGUCACCAGUGCGGCGGCGUCAUCAUUAGCGAGUACUGGAUCGUCACCGCUGCCCAUUGCAUGAAAUACUCGCCGUUUUUUUACAAGGUCUACGUGGGGAAGGAUCACCUGUUCCGAAAGGAAUUGACAGAGCGCUAUUAUUACGUGUCUGAGAUUAUAAAGCACCCGUACUACAGCGAAAGUACCGUCGAUUACGACAUUGCACUCGUGAGGCUGGAUAUGCCUCUGGAUUUUGUCUUUGACGAUUACCUGAGCCCCAUCUGUCUGCCGAAGCCAUCCGAUAAUUUCACUGGCCAAACUUGUGUCAUAACGGGCUGGGGUUACCCAAGAAUAGACGGAUCAACUACGGACGUCCUGCAGAAGACUAACCUUUACGUGUGGAACGACUACGACUGUCGAGAAGCUUACGAAGAUGUGAACAACGUGACGGGCAGAAUGUUUUGUGCAGGCUACGACGAAGGUGGAAAGGGACCGUGCAAGGGUGACUCCGGAGGUCCCCUGCAGUGUAUCCGAGAAGAUGGCUCCUGGGUCUUGGCGGGAAUCACUUCUUGGGGAAUAUCCUGCGCAGCGCCGCAUAGGCCGGGCGUCUUCACUCGGGUUUCAGCCGUGCUCGACUUCAUCUACCUAUUCGCGUAUUAACGUUCGACAUACCUAAAGAAUACUGUGUAGGACCCUUCUGACCACGACUGGAAAAAGAAGACGACGACGACGACUGCGCAGAGUUUUCGCGGAAUGGAACGGCCUUCUUCCCGACACUGAUGCCAUCACCUGCCCGUCCUUGUUUCGACAGCUCAUCGCUUAUCACCUUGCACACAUGAAGCCAUGCACGUAAUCUGGAGCAUAUGUUGAAAUCCAGACCAGAUAUAAUGCUUCCUCGGGGUAUAUUUUAUACUUUAUAAGGUCAAUAAACUGAACUGGACUGAG